ACGGAGAGAGGGCGCCAGAGAUGUAAAUAAAACAGGGACAAGCAAGCAUGGCCGACGACGUGUCAGGGAUCGUUGAUGAAGACACCUCCAAAUUAAUACUUGAGCGGUUAAAUGCUUUUGGAGAUAGUUUCCUUGAUGAUGAUUACAGAGAAAGAAAGAAAACAAUCAAAAAGAAAAACACCAAUGAAAUAAAUGAAAAUGGAAUGAAAAAGAAAAAGAGAAAAGUAAAUUCAAGAACAAAUGAAGUAACUGCUGACAGUGACAAUGCAAAUUCACAGAAAACCUACAAAUUGUCUGAUUUUGACAAAGAAAUUGAAAUUUUCAAACAAUCAGAAGACUUAAAAAAGGAAGAAAAGGCAUCAAAACGAAAAAGGAAAAAAAAGAAACCCAAGAAGGAAGUAGAAGUCGUCGUUUUCAAUGAUCCAUCAAAGAGGAAAAAGAAACAGGAAGAAGAGAAAAUUGUUGAUGAUUCCAGGGAUGGAAUUAUGAGUUUAAAAAAGGCUAAAAUUGAUGUUCAUCAAUUUGGUCUUGGUGGCUUUACAUAUGAAGAUAAAGAAAAGAUGGAAAUGCAGAGAGCCAUUAGACUUGGGGCACGGCCUCUAAAGAAAGAAUAUAUGAAUUAUAAGGAACUCAUUAAAAAGCAAAAAGAGCAACGAGAGGCUGAUGCCAAACAGAAGGAAAUUAACCGCAAGUUAGGCAUCAAAGUGAGCAAGAAACCAGAGAAGAUAGUCCUAAAGCACAAAGGCUUCUGGGUUGAUCCUACACAACAGCGAGGUGUUUAUAUUGAUGGACAAGUUGGCAAAUUU